GCACAGCUUGGGAUUAUCCCCUUUCCCCUCCACCGCCACCGCCACCGCGCCUCUCGCCUGCGCUCGCUUUGCUGCGGGCACCGCCGACCCAAUCAUGGGCUGAAAUCGAAGCCCCGCGCGACAAGGGUGCCAAGGAUCGCUUCAUUGUGCUGCUGAAGGAAGACAUCUUGUUGACCUGAUAGUUUCUGUAGAUAUUUUUUGGAAUGCUAUAAAUAUCAAGCUGUGAGUUCGGACUACAAGAUACAACACAUAGUGGGAGAAGAAAGCGUUAGCUGAGUUACAAGAUGGAACAAGUUCAGGGAGAAAGGUACUGGUGCCACCACUGCGCGGAAGAGAUCGAACCUGUGCUGCCUGAUAUGAAGUGCCCUAGUUGUCAUGACGGGUUUGUGGAAGAUAUGGCGUCUGCAGGCUUUGAGCCGGCGACCAACUUGAGGUCUGAUCAUCUGUCCCUCUGGGCACCAGUGCUGCUUGGGAUGAUGGGAGGCUCGUCUCGGCGAUCAAGGCUCCGAAGGGAGAUCAUGGAGGAUGAUGACGACGAUGACGAUGAUGAAGAUGAUUCAGACCAUGAGCUUGAAGACUUGUUUAGGAGGCGAAGGAGGGGCUCAUCCCUUGUUAGGCUCCUCCAGACCCUCCGGGAUGACUUAAGGGGCUUGGAUGACACUGUCAGGGAUAGGGAGAGAGACAGGGAGAGAGAAAGAAGGGAGAUCCUAAGGGAGAGGAUGAGAGAGAGGGAGAGAGAACGGAGAAGAGAAAGGACAGAAAGCUUAAUACUGAUCAACUCCAACAAUGAGGCCAUUAUUCUCCAAGGAACAUUUGGACCUGAUGACAACCAAGAGGACUCCAGCAAUACAAGUUCUGGUGUUUCACUUGGCGACUACUUUCUUGGUCCUGGAUUAGAUGUCCUCUUGCAGCGUUUGGCAGAGAGCGAUCUAAACCGUUCUGGCACACCACCUGCCAAGAAGGAAGCUGUAGCAGCAUUGCCCACUGUGAACAUCCAGGAAGUAUUAGGCUGCUCUGUUUGUCUUGAGGAUUUUGAAAUGGGGACAGAAGCGAAGGAGAUGCCUUGUCAACAUAAGUUUCACUCCCAGUGCAUACUUCCAUGGCUGGAGCUCCACAGUUCUUGCCCAAUCUGCAGGUUUCAGUUGCCUUCUGAGGAAUCCAAAAACCCAUGUGAAUCAGCUAGUGGAAUUGUGUCAGUGAACGAUGAUGGAGAUGAUGCUGGUACAAGUAAUAGUGAUGUAGAUAGUACUAACCACUCUGGUAGUCCUAUAUUCUCUGCUUUGAGUGCGCUUUUCUCAAAUCAGUCGUCCUCAUCCUCAUCUGAUGAUAAUGCUCCACACUCUUAUGAGAACUGAAGUUGCAUUAUCUAUAUUGCAGCCAGCGCUGGGCUUGGGCUUGCAAUUUGUCCAUGGAGUUCUGAAAUGGGAUUCCAAGAGGCUGGCAUCUUUAUAUCAUGUGGUUUCUGUACAUAUUUUAAAGUUGAAUCCUCUAGACAAGCUAUCCGGUUUCCUUUAUGAGACUCGUGUGGUUUGUAACCAGUGUGGUGCAUGUUAUGUCUAAUUAUGUAAAAUAAAAGUUAGCCUCAAGCUUACCUUCUCUCAAGAACUUAGUCGGGGCUGGAGAACUGCUGAUCUGGUUAGCAGUUUGACCAAAGCAAGGCUACUACUUUGUCGCUAAAAGAACCCUGUUAGAACAAAGCUGCAGAAUAUUUACAAUGCGAAACAACUUUUACUGCUGCAGGCAUAUUGAAUUUUGGAGUUGCUGGGUGAUCACAUCUACAUUUAUCCACAUAUGUGGCAUUGUGUACCUCUGUUUUUCACCCUCAUUUCUUAUGUUUUAUCCACAGGGAUUUCUCGAACAUGAGCUUAUUUAUGUUUUUUUGAUUGAGGUUGGCAGGGAAGGAACUCGAAUAUUUGCUAUUCUGGGUGAUGCUGCAUCAGUUUGAGGCCUGAUGUCAUAUCCUAGCUGCUUCGAUUCUGUAUGUGCAUCUAGAUCUUGGCAGUUCUUGAUUUGCAUGUUGCAAGUGUGAGUUGCAGGAGGGAGCUUCGAGCAUAGAAUUGUUUUUGCUGAAAUGGUUUAUUUGUCUAAGAUUUGCCAGGCACUUGGUGGAAGGCUGGGUCAAAUGGUUGCUUCCACAUAAUGUCAUGUGCGUGUGAAAUCAAACGUUGCUGUGAAAUUCAUGUAGAUUUAGUUCGUGUUUACUCAUUUGGCUGCUCUCUGUUACUGGUUGCCCUCCUGGUCGAGCAUGUG